ACUUUGGGUUGUCUGGGACCCCUUAAAUUAUAACCCUUCAAGAAUAAAGGCAUGUCCAGUCUUUUUGCACCUGUAAUCCCUGCUAUUAUCAGUGAUAGUAUUUUCAUUCUAUACUGCCUGACAUAUUAUACUGCGUACUACUGACAAUGGCGCAGUAUUAAAUUAUUUCCCAAUCAAUCGAAGCAGGUGUAUAUAAGAAUUGAUGCUGUAUACAUGUCCUCAUAGUUACAUACGAUUAAUUUUGUCUAAAACAUCGAUAAGAAGUCUUCUACAUUUCAGAAAAAUGUGUAUGACGGUCGCAGCUUUAGCUAAUCAAACAGUAUUUGUUCCGCGUGAAAUUACGUAUUUUAGUAAAAAUGCAUUUCGUUUUUAUCAUCGUUACCGAAAACUAUGCCGCGUAAAUAGUUUUCUAUCAGAAAAAUACCUUUUACCAUCUUUAAUUGUCAAUACGUGUACUAUGCAAAGGACAUGUUACAGUACCGACAGUAAAGAAGCUUUUUCUGGCGGUUUAACUAAAGAAAAAGCAAAAAAAGUGGCAGAAAAACUCACCACAGACGAACGACAUUUUUUGUUAAAAGCUCUAGAAGAAUGUAAAUCAGAAGAAGACAGAGUUGAAUAUCAACGACAAUUAGCUGCCUUUCGAUGGUGUAAUAAGCUUGGAAGGCCUAGCAAAAUAACAUCAUUAGGUGAUGUGGAUCCUACAGGAAGUUAUUGCCCUGUACCUGAGGAUUGGCUUAUGCGCAAUUUAAAAUAUUUCCUUCCAUCGCAUUCUACUUUUGGAUAUUUUAAAAAGACAACUACAGAGCCACACUUAGUUGAAACUGUUCCAGAACCAUCCAUGAAAGAUCUAAUAUUAGUUGCAAUUUCAAAUGCAAUACCAUUCAUUGGCUUUGGUUUUCUUGACAACUUCAUCAUGAUUGUUGCUGGUGAUCAAAUUGAAAUAAUGUUAAAUAAAAGAUUUCCAAUAUCAACUAUAGCAGCUGCAGCAUUAGGAAAUACAAUAUCUGAUAUAAUAGGAAUUGGAUCUGUACAUUAUGUAGAACGUUUUGCACAAAAAGUUGGAUUUGAAGCACCAAAGCUUACUCCUAUACAGUUAAAUCUUAAAAAGACAAAAGCAGCUGCAAAUAUGGGCCGAGUUAUUGGAGUUACAAUUGGCUGUAUUAUUGGGAUGGCACCUAUUCCUAUUUUUUCCUAUUUUCACCAUGCUGGUUGAAGUUGUGAAUAAUAGAUGCUUCAAUAAUUGUAAUACUACAACAGGGGUAUCUCUACCUUGCACAAUAUGUCAAUGUGUAGUGAUAGAACCAACAAAAAUAUUCACUCACAUUAUUAAUUGAACUAAAAGUUAUAUAUAACUAUUUACAAUAUUAAUUUAUGACAAUCAUAAAAUUAUGUAAUAUAAUUUAAUCUCUAUAAUGUAUGUAUUUAAUGUAAUAAUAUGUGUAAAAUAACUGUACUAUUGACAUUAUUUAAGCAGCAUUAGCAACAGAUAUAUGUAUUA